CCGCCCCCUUCUGGCCUCCAUUUCUGUAUUAAAAAACCAAUCCCUAAUUUUGAAAUUUCCUUGCAAUUGCGGGCAUAUUCAGUAUCUCUUACCCUGUGAACUCUGAAAAUUUCCUUUCUUUCUCAGUUAAUUGACAAUACCCAAUUCAUGAUUUUGGGUAUUUGUGUAAAAUUAAUGUAUUUUUCAGUGUAAUCAAACCCAAAUUUUGUAUCUUGAAGAUGGCGGAUUCUGAUCAAUCUCAAGCAGAACCAGUUUGCAACUUUUUUAGAAAGCCUUCUAAGAACAAGAACAUUAGGAAAAGAACCAUUAAAGACGACGAAGACGAUGAUGAUGAUGAUUCAAACAAUGAAACUUCAUUGUUAAAUACUCAUAGAAAAACCCCUAAGCCUGAUGAUAAGCUAUACUUUUCGACCGGACCUUCUAAGACUUCUAGGAUAGCUGCUGAAUCCAAUGCGGAAUCUGAUAGACCAAUCUUUCAAUUCGAGUCAUCAAAGGAAAUCCAAGUUCAGCACGACAGUAGAGCUACUGCGACUUUAGAAACCGAGACUGAUUUUUCAAGGGAUGCUCGAGCUGUUCGCGAGAGGGCUUUAAAGCAGGCAGAUGAGGCUCUGAAAGGUAAAAAAUCGACUUCUGGGGAUGCAAAGUUGUAUAAGGGAAUCCAUGGAUAUACGGAUCAUAAGGCGGGUUUUCGAAGAGAGCAAACUAUUUCUAGCGAAAAAGCUGGUGGGGCACAUGGACCUCUUAGGGCAUCCGCACAUAUUAGGGUGUCGGCUAGGUUUGAUUAUCAGCCGGAUAUAUGUAAGGAUUACAAAGAAACCGGUUAUUGUGGGUAUGGAGAUUCGUGCAAGUUUAUGCAUGAUCGGGGAGAUUAUAAGCCUGGUUGGCAGCUUGAGAAGGAGUGGGAAGAAGCAGAAAAGAUGAGGAAGAGAAAUUUGGCUUUGAAAGAGAUGGAGGGGGACGCAGACGAUAACAUUGAGGAAGAAGUUGAUGACGGAGAUGAUGAUGAAUUACCAUUUGCUUGUUUCAUUUGUAGGCAACCUUUUGUUGAUCCGGUUAUGACCAAGUGUAAACACUACUUCUGCGAGCACUGUGCUUUGAAGCACCAUGCGAAGAACAAGAAAUGUUUUGUAUGCAACCAACCCACACUUGGAAUUUUCAAUACAGCUCACGAGAUACGCAAAAAGAUUGCUGAAGCUCGUAAACAGUAGAGGUUUUGGUCUGGAUAUCUUCUGGUAUGAGUAUGACCAUGUUUUUUAAACUUUGUAGUAUAUCUGAACAUCUUGUCUUCUUGCUCAUCAAAUAUGCAAGAGCUUCAUUUUUUAGUAAUACCAAUGUGCUUUUUGUACUCCUGUUAUUGAGAAUGCAAGAUAUUAGUGCUUCUAUAACACUUUUGUAUUGUGUUUUAGGAAUUGAAUCUGACCAUUUUAGAUGACCAGUUUAA